UAAUGCAACACUACUAAAUCAAAGUUGUGAAGUGUCAUUGUGACAUUUCCUUGACGUUGACAGCUAUGUGACGGAUCAACGCAUGUUCGUCGGUUUGUUUUAUUUUAUGUUAAUUCUCUUUGGAUACCGGUCAUCACCGGUACCUUCUACUACGAUGAAUAACGGUAUAUUAUGUAAACAGUUUUGAACCAAAUAUAGUACAGUGAUGAAAAUAACUAGGCAAUAUUGUUGAUAAAACUAUGCUCUAAGUGUAAACAUUUCGGACAAUAAACAUCAAUUAGUUUCUAAUUAAAUGGAUAGUAAUAAGAAAUCUGAAGACAUGGACAUUCCGACGGUGGAAGGAAACUUACUUCAACAGCCUAAAGAACAAACAUUGCCAACUCGGAACCCGCUUAUGAAAGUUCGGACUUACGUUCUCGCAUUGCGUCCAUGGUCGCUGAGCGCAAGUCUGUUGCCGACGCUGCUGGGAGCUGCACUCGCAUACAGGUUGCCUGGUGACAGUGGCUUCAGUUGGUGCACCUUAUUAUUAACUUUAUGCACAGUUAUUCCAGUUCAUGGGGCUGGCAAUGUUGUUAAUACGUACUUUGAUUUUGUCAAAGGAAUUGAUAAUCGAAAAUCAGAUGAUCGAACUCUCGUUGAUCACAUAUUGAGUAUAGACGAAGUGGUCUCAUUGGGUGCUAUUUUAUAUUUGGCUGGAUGUGCUUCAUUUGUCCCUCUUGUGAUUUUGUCUCCUGCCCGGAUGGAGCAUUUAGCUCUGGUUUAUUUUGGUGGAUUGUCAUCAUCCUUCUUGUACACGGGUGGUAUUGGCCUUAAGUAUAUAGCUCUUGGUGACAUAUUAGUAUUAGUUAUAUUUGGACCAGUGUCCGUAGUUUUUGCUUUUCUUGCUCAGACAGGCCGAGUGGAUUGGCCUAUAAUUUACUAUGCAAUUCCAUUUGCCCUAAACACUGAAGCUAUUUUACAUAGUAAUAACACAAGAGACUUGGAGACUGAUAGCAAAGCGGAAAUUGUGACACUGGCAAUUUUGAUAGGCAGAACAGCUUCCUACCUGUUGUAUGCAUUUUUAUUGUUUACACCCUACAUUAUGUUUGUUGUAGCAUCUGUACGCUGUUCUUUUUGGUUUCUGAUACCAAUGCUAACCUUACCAAGAGCAUUUGAGAUUGAGAGAAGGUUUAGGAGUCCUGAAACAAUGCGCUAUGUUCCAAGACAAACUGCCAGGCUUAACUUUUACUUUGGCAUGUUGUACAUGAUCUCAUGUUUAUUUGCACAUCGUCUUCCAUUUCUUCUUCGAUGAUAAUAAAAUUUAUUAUUGAAGUAAAAGCUCAUGAAACAAUAUUUCUGUUGUUUCAUAUUUUGAUAAAAAGGCCUUUCAAAGCAUUGAUAUCUAAAAAAAAUUAAGAUGUGACCAAUUUUAUUUUAGUCUGAGAAGUAUUUAAUCUCAUAGCAAUCUUUAAAUCCUAAUUUUAUUUAAUUAAAGUUUAAUACAGAAAAAAUCUUCUGGGACUUUCAUAUCAAGUUUUCUUAUAAUGUUCUAUAAUUCUUUUUAUAGUCAUUUUUAGAAGCAAGCUGCAAAAUGUUUUUAACUUUAAAAAAAUGCCUUGAAUUAACUGAGAACAAAAAAACAAAUGCUGUUGCUAGAAGACUAUGAGAACAGUAUUCUCAUAUUACAUAUACAGUAAACACUAUAUAUAUUUUUUAUGAGUUUUAAUUGUAAUAAAAUUGUCUUCAUUUUAAUUAUGUUGUCAUAAUUAUAGAAGAGAUUUACUACCUGUAUAAAUCAUUAAUCAUUAUCUUAAUGUUCUUUUUGUCUAUUCCACUGCUGGUCUAGGUAUAAAAAAAAAUAAGUAAUAUCAUUUUUUUAUUCAGCUUUUCUGUAGAAUUAGAAGAAAAAGUUAAUUUACACUAAUCAGAUUAAUAAAAUACCUUGAAACAUAGUUAUAAGCUAAAACUGGCUGUCACAGGUAUCACAGCUAUUUUACCUUUUUAUACCUAUAAAACCGAAAUUAAUUUCGGUUUCAUGUUUCAUAUUAUUUUUGAAGUAUUGAACUUUUGAAGCUAACAGUACAUAAUUAUCAGGGAGGGUUAAUCUCAAGUAUCAUUUCUAAUAUUUACCAAGUUUGUGUACUAUUAAAGUAAAUGGCAUAGUAUUUUGCCUUCUAUUCUUUCGAUGUUUGUUGUCUGUAAGCAUGUUCAAGCCUUGCUUAGUUUCUACUUCAUAAAUAACAUUAGCCUUAAGUCUUUGUAAUGUGUCAUGUGACAUAGUUAUGUUUAUUAUGUACGGAAUAGGUUACUGACAAUGAACCCUACCCAUAGAAAUGCUAAAGUGUGGUUGUGCAUACUAAAAUGGUGUGGUAAAUUUAAUAUAAUGUGUAUGUAAAGUAACUCAAGCAUCGUCAAACGAGAUUGAGUUGAUAAGUUCAUUCAAAUGAUUUCCUGUCUGCGCAUUACAUAUGUUGUGUAUAAAUGUUUUCUAUAUUUCUUGUACGUAAUUUUAAAUAAAUCUACCUCUUACUAGUUAACACCUAAAGCUAUUUAUUGAGAUUUAAAACCUAAGAGAGUGUGGUAGUAUUUUUGUAACUGAAAUGCAAUGAAAUUUCUCAAUUGUAAAUCGACAAUAAUUUAUUUAUUUAGUUAGAUAAAGUUUAAAUUUGGUCUAAUAUAAUUUAUGAAAAAGA